GACCAGCCACCGGCCAUAAUUACCGCACAAGCCUCAAGUUCCACAUCUAUCACGGUCAGCUGGGACCUAAUUCCUCCUGGCGACGACGAGAACGGGCCUUUGAUUGGCUACAGGAUUCUGUUUGUCGACGAAGCUGAAACGCAGCCAAAGCUGAAUGUCUCAGUAGGAGCCAACAUCUCGUCAAUAGAAUUGACGGGCUUGUUGGUCUACACAAAUUACUGCAUUCAAGUUUUAGCGUUUAACAGCCAGCAAGAUGGUAAUGCCAGUGACUGUGUGUUUGCGUUAACUGAUCGAUGAAGAUGGUAAGAACAAAAAAAGCUCAGAGGACUCCUAUGUCAGGGAAGCUAUUUAUCCAGGGAAGAUCCUGAAUUAUCGGGAAUCAAAAUGCGUCAGUACCGCACAGUAUGAUUUAAAAAAAAAAAGAGCAGGACAAAAAUCCCUGGCAGGACUACGAGCGAUUGUCAAACACAGAGGAACAUCAACUUUCAGUGUCCGCAUUUAACGUUGAGCCCCAACUAGGACUUAAUAGGAGCCGAUUUCAGAAAUGUCUCAUAUUAUUUUAGAUAAUUGAUAUUGAGGCCAAGUUAAAAUAGAGACUCUAUCAGUUUACAGGAAGUUAAAUGGGUUAGGAUAGUAACCUAAAGUGCCAUAUGCUAACAUCACAUGCACUGAAUCUGAUGGGUUAUUAACAGUCACGCUUUUAUAAAAGGUCCAUUCUCUGUGUACCCUUGCUACAUCUUACUACCAGUAGUUCAUAUCUGCUUUGUGCUGCUGCCGUUGAGCAAAGAGCACGCGAAUCAGCCGUUGCGAUAUGUAGGCAAGCGUAAGGCACUGGCCAUACCCAGGGAGUUGGCUAGCAGUGUGUUUCUUGCUGAUUGAAUCCCCUUUUUUGAAGGUGUGCAAGAGAGAUCCCACCAUGUAAAUGUGAUGCCACCCUUUUCUCGUCAUGAUAGAAUAAUACAAAGAGUACACCAUUUUUUUUUUUAAAUUAUUUUCAGUUCCAUCUAUGGCUCCCACUAAUCCCUCGGUGUUCAUGUUGAACAACAGUGUAAUGCUGUCCUGGGGCCAGCCGCCCUCUGUUGGUAUAAAUCGAGAGUUGCUGGGCUAUUCAGUACAUAUUCAGGAAUCUAAUACUGUCAUACUCGUAGGUCAGUGUUACUUAUCUAUGGAGCUUAAGAAGGAGAAUAUCUCUGCUGAAAGUUGUGUUCGAGUAGCUGCUAUAACUAAAGCCGGGUUUGGUGUGCCAACGUCUUGUGUCAAAAUUGACUUGGGUGAGUUCACAAAACCUUGACUUCCAUACCUUGGUCAUAAGAGAUGUAAAGAUCUCACCCCGUUUUUCAAACGUUGGAUAACUUUAUCCACAUGAUAAAUCACUACUCAGUGUACAAAUAUUAGGGAGGAAACCAAUGGCGUUAUCUACUAGAUAGAGAUUUAUCCAGUGGAUAUCACUGGAUCAAGGCCGAAAAAGUUCGAUAUGAAGCACGGAAAACGAUUUUGCCUAUCUAAAAGAAAGGAAUUUUUCCUUUUCCUUGAAGGCACCAAAUGAAAAAACAGUAGUGUUUCUGAGUUAUUUAUCCUUCAAAGUCCUAACGAUUGAAAUUUGUCUCCAAAGACUGGAUAAAAAUGAGCUUCGUGAGCUGCCAUCUAGGAUCAUGCAUGACGUCAUUGCGUUCAAAGUCAGUUUUGCCAAAUUUUACUCAAUGUUGUUCCAGAAAUCAUGUAAUCAGAAAUUAAGUUUGAUAACAUUGCCAAUCGUUCAAAAAGAGGUAAGAAAUUGCCACUUAAGGUCUCUUGAAGCUCACGCCAACCUUGAUCAUCUUACUGCCGUUUUGGUUCGCGCAUGAAGUCUUUACGUUCAACCUCAGUUUUACCGCACUUGACAUUUUUAAUAAUUGGAUGUUGCUCCAGAAUUAAUGUCACCGGAGAUUAAGUUUGAUAUCGUGACAUUUUCUAGAACAUGUCCUGAAAACAAGUUUUAGUUGUACGAAAUUGCCACUUAAGGUCCGUUAAGGUCAUCUUACUCCAUUCAUAAUUUUAAGAAUUACAAACCAAGCUAUCGAGUUGACAGACAGACUCAGUCAAGAUGUAUACUGAGAUCAUAAGGCGAUUUCUUAUUUCCUUGCAGGCUCGGACUUUAAUCUUAUUUCACUAAGUGCAACAAAAAGAAUGAGUUUUUCAGCAAUAAAGGUAACAUGGACACACCCAACAAAAGAACGUAUGAGCGGACAGUUACUUGGUUAUAUUGUAAAAUACCAAGCAGUCCGUCAGGGAGAUCAACCAAUAUUACAUUUAGAAGCUAAUGCAGCCUCAACCCUUCAUGUAUCUACUAACUGCAGCGAAUUCGUGCUCUUGAAUCUUUCCUCGUAUUCGAUGUACAAGAUUGAGGUGGCACCUGUUACAGCAGAGGGAGUCGGGAACUACAGUGAUCCCGUUUAUGGAGGUACUUUGAUUCAAAAACCGCUUGCGUCGAAACUUUCUUUGUGGUUGACGUAAAUUCAUUUGGAGUGACGUCGCCUAAGCUUGAAUAUCAGUAAUUAAUGCAAAUAUUGACAAUAAAUGCUAAUUAAUCCCAGAGUGGGGUCAUCCUGCAUAUCAAGCAUCUCGGCUACCAAUUCAUCCGACUUCGCCUAUUAGGAAUAAUAAUUUAGCCAUUAAAUUCACUCGUCUGUAAAGUAGAUUUGCUCAGAGCAGAUAUGUUGUAGAUAUUUCCAAACAGGAAUACCAAUUAAAGGCGACAUUUUUUACGUUAACGUUAAACUUUAAACGCUAAAUUUUGAUUUUAAUACAACCUCACAUUACUGCAAUACCUUUGAUCUAUGCUAAUUUCUAACUAAUCCUUUUUUUCGUUAUUGCGUGGCUAAAGUGGCUCUUUUGUCCAGGAGUAUUGAAUGAGGCUGUAAAAACAGCACACACUCCAUUCUAGUACACUUUUCCGUUUACAGAUGAAUUAUUUGUCCGCUUAUUUACAAAACAUCUAUCAUUUCCCUAGAAACCUGUCGGUGUAAGGAGUACCUAGAGUCUUCAAUACUUCUCAGCUACUUAGAUUCACCAACAUCAUUCAGUUCCUUGACGGGAGUCAUAAGCGAUCUGGUGAGGGACACCUGUGGCUACUGCGAGGAAUACAGAAAUCACACAACCAGUUUAAUUCCUUUAGCUAGCAACAAAUCCCUCGAGGAACCAGUUACCUUUCCAGUGACCUUGACGCAGCCAUACGGAGACACUGCAUAUAGCAAAUUUGUACCAGUAGUAUCGGUGCCUGGUAUGAUUGUGGUAAGACGCAAAAGCAUCUAUAACAGCCAAUUCCUCAGCAAAGUUACAGCCAACUCUGUGUUUGACGCCUGGCCUGUUAUCGUGAUUACCCUUGUUAUGACUCUCUUGGCGGGUAUUGUUAUGUGGAUUUUGGUGAGUUACGUCUUAAAAAGGCUGUGACACUACUGCCUGGUUCAUAAUUAACAAUUCUUCCACGAAUGUGCGUUGAAUCAUGUUUGGAGAGGAUGGUAUAAUGGCUCAUAUACCAUUAUGGCUAAGCCAAUCAGAGCUCCAGAAUUGCAUUAUCCAAUGAUUCAGUUUUUAAUAACGUCAAUUGUACGUGCUCAUUCGCUAUGGCACUUACGAAGUUCUUGUAAAUGACAAAAUUGCAGCUUCGUGUCGAACAAUUGUCUGCGAAAACUACAUGUAUAGUUGAGAUUCAUUUCAAUUAUCUUCAGGUUUGCCUGUUCGUGCCUCCAUUUCAGGUAUUUACUGUGUUAUUUUUAACGUUUUGAGAGGUUAUUUUCUGUUUCACUCAUCUUGGUGGCAGUUCUCGCUGUUUGAAUUUUUGUAAAUAUCGUGACACAGCUCCUUCAAUAUUUACUUUUAGUUAAAUGAGCAUUUUUGCGAAGUUUAUCCUAAUUCAAAAAGUUAGAACUUUUCCAAAUCGAGUGAAACAUGAAAAUAACCUUCGACAAGAGUAAAAGAAGGUGUAAAUAAGAAGGCAAACACAAAAGGGUUUUGGAAACUUUUUAGCGAGACAGGCCUGGUAAAAAGAUGGUCAUAGGUUUGACACCUGUUGGGGAUCUCGUUUUUACCUCAGUUUUCCUUUUGAAAAGAGUACCUCCAUUUAUUUGUUGUUUACUAUGCAUUGUACUCAAUAUCUGUCUUCUUAUUGGCUGAGAGCCUUCUGCUAAUCAGCGCAACCAUGUUCAAUAAUUGUCAAAUAUCAGGCAUUCAUCAUUGAUGAAGCGUUCGCAUAGCCCUUUGAGUAUUACCAGUUUUCUGUAGUUUUUCUAUAAAUAUCUUAAGCUUACAUUGCACCAACAAAUCUUCGCGCAAGCAUGUCUCUCUUACUUUUUCUGGAUCGCUCUGUAGGACUCUGAAGCCAAUCCGGGACACUUUCCUCGCAAUUACUUUAAAGGUGCUGCCGAAGGUUUUUGGUGGGCUUUCAUCUCUAUGACGACGCUAGGGUGAGUAAUGUGUCUUUGAUUGAGGAUGUUUAUUCCGUCAUCUAUCUCAUAAAUUGAUACACAACUGUAUAACUGCUUAAAACGUUUUAAAUUCAAGUCGUUUUCGAAAUACAGUACUUGCUCCUAGGAAGGUCAAUCGAAGUUAUAGAAAAGCGACUUAAUGGCAUAAAUAAAAAAGUCAAUUAACUCUCAUAAUACUAGAAACCCCCUCUUCUACAGAUAUGGUGACCGCUGCCCUCAGUCCAUCGCUGCCAGGAUAUUUGCCCUGGCCUGGUUUCUAGUUGGACUUACCGUGUUUGCUAUUUUCAUGGGAUCGUUGACAGCAUUUUUGACUGUGACGGUGGUGAAGAUGAACUCGAAUAGAGGGACUUAUAAUAUGGCGAAGGAUGACCAGCCAAUAAAGGUAUUUUCAGUGUGCUCAUUAAUUAAUUUAUUAUUUUAUUUGCAUUUCUUUGAUACACCACGAAAGAAAGAGAAAAUUGAUAUUAUAUUCUUAUACUUGAACAAGAGAGAAUGAUGGGCGGUAAUUUUAAGGCGUUCUCGGUUGGCCGGCAUAUCUGAAUUUCACUAACGUUACUUCUAGAGAUUGUAAUUAAAAAAAGGUCUAGUUAAUGUUCCUGAGACGACCGCACAUUUUUAUCGCUUGUUUAAGGCGUCAUCAAGUUCACGUGUGAGUGCCGCAAAGCAAACAAUGCAGAGUAUUGCAAUAGCGACUGUUCAAUUGACCACUACAGAAACUACCAUAACAUACCAUAAUGCUCUUUGUUUGUCACCCCAAGAUUUUACAUAAGCAUUGUCUUCAGUUUCUCUUCGGAGUUGAAGUGGCCCCAAGAGAAACUGAAAACAAUGCUCAUGCAAAAUUUUGUGGUAAAAAACAAAGAGCAUUAUGGUAUGUUAUAGUAUUUUCUGUAGUGGUCAAUCCUUUCUUGACAUUGGUUUUAAAAUAACGUUGGUGAAAUUCCCAAGGGCAAGACUGGACGUUUCUCUCUCUGUCUUGAGUGAUUAAGUUUGCUUCUCUAACACAACUUAUAUGUACAAGUUAAAAAAAGAGGAAUUUUUAAAAGCUUGGUAUGAAGUACUUUGGUCCAUGCACGCUAUUUGUUCCACUCGAGUAGCAAUGUGACAUCAGUUUUCUCUCUUGGCCAAUUUGAAAUGUGUGAAUGUAGCUAACUUUUUAGCGGGCUCAACGGGAUCCUGGCUACCCUGCGUGCAGUCUCCUUCGAUCUUCCUCGAAAAGGAGACGCUGUUCGCAGUGUAGAUUUUGGCCAUUUCCAAUUCCGUUUGCAUACCAAACAAGCAAUAUUCACAGUAUCUGGUGAGAAGAGAUGACGUUACUUUCACUCUCAACGCAAUCUCUUAUUGCCAGUGUAUGAAGAGUCGGGAAAGCAGCUUGUAACGAUGGGCGGUUGAGCCAAAACGUCGAGUUAAAAAAUCAGAACUUUCCCAAGAAAUUAAGGCCGCAUCGAAGGUGUUUGGGAAAUACACUUCGGAGACCUUGGAUCGUUUUUCUUGGAUUUAUUACCACAACAGAAUAGUUCAAUUCAUUCAUGAAUAAUUAGGCCAGCAGACGAAGAAAGCAGAGAAUCAACUUAGGUUAAACAGUUUUAACCUGAAUCUCAUUUUGAACUGUAGCAUAAGCAACCAAGCUUACAAGGUGACAAAGUUCACAACCAAGUCAUAAUUAUGUUUGUUUAGGUUGCAGUGGUUGCCAAUUCUACUGAGCAUAGGAUUGCAAUUAAAAGAUUAAGAAACAAAAUAAAACUCGGUAAGUGAAAAUUACUCAACAUGUCUGUUUACCUUUCGAGAUCUAGAUCUUAAGAUUUCAGGUUUCUUGUCUCUCAGAUAUCAUCACUUAAACCCUCUGACCGAUUAAUUUAAUUCCUUUUUCCACCUCACACUAUAGCUGAAAGGGAGUGAACGUAUUAAUUUAGAGAAGGAGGACUGCAUCCUAAACUACUUAGCCUGCAAGAACAGCCGUCGUCUCUUCUCGCUUCUCGCCACUUGGAACUUUUCGCCUCAUAAUUAAUCCGGUGGUUAAGGGGUUGCAAAUGUGAAAUUUUCGAUUUUAUGUUGCUCCUGGUCGAUUUUGGUAAAAUUUUUGUUUACUUCUUCCAACGAGGUCCAGAAAAACCCAAAUGCUUCGCUUAAAGAAGAAUAUAUUCUAUGAAUAUUCUCUGUUUUGUAAUAGAUCCACUGCGUUUACAUUAGCCCUUUGUGUCGCCUUUUGCCUCUUGUCUGUUAUUCAUAAGCAAUAGCUAAAACAAUACCACUACUACGCCAACCAAUCAAAGUCCCUGCCCAGAUUCCGGACAGAUUUUACGUCACCAUGCAGUAUGGAAUUUCUGUUGCUGAGGCGCAGACUUCCUACCUGCCGAUACGUCCAAAGCGGCGAAGGGUGAGGAGAGAGGGCUUUUUUCGCAGGCUAUAAACUAGUAUACAGUAGCAAUUACCACCUAGUACAUUCAAUGCAUGUCUUCUACGUCCUGCAGGAACCACGUUCUCAGAUUUAACAUCUAUGAUCCAGGCGUUGAAGAGUGGCGAUGCAAGCUAUGUAUUACUCGAUAUGUACGUCCCAGUAACGAGAAAGGACUUAUUUAACGGGUCAUGGUUUGAUGUCGUCGAUAUUCUUGAAGGAGAAAUACAACACGGCGUUCUUCUUCAGGGGGACGGUGUUGGAUUAGCUCAGACUAUGAGGAACUUGCUUAUAAAGGACGACGUACAAACCAAGUUUUUGAUAGAAGCAGGAACAUCAGUGACCUCUGAGGUGAGAUUUUCUUCUUUUUCCACUAAUCGUUUGGCCUUUUUACGAUACAUGUCAAUUCAUUUUUAAAUUAGCUUUUACGUAGUUGUACCUUUUUAUCGGUUUUAUCUAUUAUACAUUCAUUUUUUUAAAUUUUAACUAGUGUAUAAACAAUGUAAAGUGCUUUUGAUCAUUUUUUAUGUUGAACGACACACAUAUGCCACGCGCCAUCAAAUCGCGUUUGACAAAGGAGAUAAAAUCCAGGGUCGAAUCCAGAAAAUUCAGUAAGGAGUGGCCGGGACACUUACCCACUUGCCAGAUAUAUAAAUUAAUACCUUUUAUAUUGCUGAGAAUUCUAUAGGAAUGAUACAGGGGUACCUCCCCAAUCCUCCCUUAAAAUUAUAAAACAUCACUUAUAGUGGAAAUUAGGUGAUAUUAAUUGAAAGGUAAAAUAUUCGCCUCAUAGUUUCGCUUCCGCUAGGGACGUUUCGAGUUUACUGAUCUCCACUGAAAUGUCUCUGUUGCUGUGAGAAGUGAAGACUGCAUAAGUAGAAGUCACGUGUUCGAUUUCAGCGGUUAAUAAUUUCAUUUGUAAUUAACACUCCUAUUGCAGACUGAGAAGACAUCUUUUGUGUUCUUUGAGCCCAGUAGUCCGUAUUAUCUGAUAACAAUGAUCAUCAGCGCUGGACUCUUGAUAAUAGCGACCAUAUGUGGACUUUUUUACCAGAAUUUAUGGUAUAAACGACGCCUACGUGAAAUGGAUGAAGAAGGU